AUGUCGAACUACACAAAAUUGGAUUUUGCGGUACUAGACAUUUCUGGAAGGAAUUAUUUGUCAUGGAUACUUGAUGUGGAAAUCUAUCUCGAUGCUAUGGAACUUGGAAACACAAUUACUGAUGGUAACGACGCAUCCUCGAAGGAUUGUGCUAAAGCCAUGAUCUUCAUUCGGCACCAUCUCCACGAGGACCUGAAGUCUGAAUACCUUACAGUAAAAGACCCAUUAAAUUUGUGGAAUAAUCUGAAGGAAAGGUAUGGGCACCAGAAGGCUGUAAUCCUACCAAAUGCUCGUUAUUGCUGGUUGAAUCUAAGGCUGCAAGAUUAUAAAUCUGUUAGUGAGUAUAACUCUACUCUGUUCAAGAUAGUUUCAAUUUUGAAAUUAUAUAGAGAACAGAUUACUGAAAAAGAUAUGUUAGAAAAGACUUUUUCCACUUUUCACGCCAACAAUUUGCUCCUGCAGCAGCAAUACAGAGAGCGUGGGUUUGAGAAAUACUCAGAUUUAAUCUCUUGCCUUCUGGUCGCUGAACAAAAUAAUGAACUAUUACUAAGAAAUCACGAGUCUCGUCCAACUAGUGCUCUACCAUUCCCUAAAGCGAAUAGAGUCUCUUUUCCGAGUAAUGGACAAGGUCGUGGUCAUGGACAGAGACGUGGUCGGGGUAGCCAUAACCACCAAGUUCAUGGAGGAUAUAUUCAAAAGUUAGGCAAGAAAUCGGAGUAUCCCCAGAAGUGGAAUAAGUGGAAUAGGUCGGAAGUGUCUAAAGAAAAGGGCAAGAGGGCGCUGAAUAAACCCUCUAAGAACUCUGAGGAUUCUUGCUACAAGUGCGGUGGGAAGGGUCAUUGGUCGCGUACCUGUCGUACGCCGAAGCAUUUGAUUGAGCUUUACCAAGCAUCGCUCAAGGAAAAAGGAAAAGAAAUUGAAACAGACUUUACCGAUCAAAUUAGUCAGAACCAAACUGUUGACCCUUUUGAACCCAUUGACAUUCCGUUUUUCGACAUUUCUGAGUACCUUGCAGGACCAAGUGGAACCAAAGAUGAUUUCUUUGGUGAUGGAGGUGACUAUUCUGAAUGGUCACAAGAAUAA